AUGAGGUUUGUUCCUCAACAGAGAACGCCGGUACAAUCGCCGUUCCUAUCAUUACACAGUUUGAAUUUCCCUGAUGUUCCAAUCACGAAACCUGAGAUAUCCAUUCCUGACCCGUUACUUUCUCAUCAUGGCAAUGCAUUGAAUCCAGAAUUUGUCGAAUUUGUGGGAAAGUCCAUCUCUACAGUCUUUAUAGCCUUUAUGUCGUUUCAGCUUAUUCAAUUGUUGUGGGGCAAGAAGAAACAUGUGAUUUAUACCUCGACACCAGUACUUCAACGCGUCAAGACGUGUCUUGUUGCAUUAGAAGUGAUUUUAUUGGUAUGGUUCUGGUCAGCUACUACCAAUGAUUACUUUAUUUAUGAAAUUGUUGCUGUGGGCGUGGCAUUUUUGGUGCAUUUAUUCGAAUUUAGAAGAUCAGCUAUUCCUGUGGCGUCAUUAUUGCUUUUUUGGCUAAUCACAAGUUUAUUCUCGAUAGGUGUGUUUGUUCAAGAUUCAGUGUCUGUUCACAAAUUGUUUUCUGAUGAUACUUUGACUUAUGCCCUUGAAUCUGUUAUUUUGUUAAAUAAGCUUGUUAUAUUCAUCCUUGAAGUUGGAUUCUAUGUUGCUGGAUUUGAAACUGAUCAUGAAAAGUAUAUGGAUACUGUCAAUCUCUUUUCCUCCAUUACCUUUUUUUACCUUCAACCACUUAUUAACAAAAUCUAUGCUACAAAUGAUGUUGGAAUGAAGGAUCUACCAGAUAUUUUGGAUGAACUCUCAACUGAUGCCACCAAGCACAAGAUACUUACCCAUUGGAAUAAAGAAUUAGCCAAGAAACCAAGUUGGAUAUCAAAACUUUGGUCAUUUAUCACUAGAAGAAGAAAAGAAAAAGCUACCCCAAGUUUAUUCAAGUCAAUCUUCUUUGCCUUUUCUAGUUACUUCACUACUAGUUUCCUGCUUAAAAUCAUUGAAACCACAUUGCAAUUUUCCCAACCAUUCGUUUUGAAACAAUUUAUCCUGUUCUUUUCUUUAUACUUUUAUGCCGAUCAAGAAAAUAAGCCUCCAAUUAUUAUCGGGUACAGUUGGGCUGCACUUAUGUUCACAAUAUCCGUUUGUAACUUUAUCACUUUCAAUCAAUCAUUCAGUUAUCAAUACAAGCUUGGGUUUGGGAUCACCUCGGGUCUUACCACCGUCAUUUAUGAAAAGGCACUUCGUCUCCUGCCUCAAUCAAGAAAGAAUAAACCUACGGGUGACAUCAUUAAUAACAUCACUAUGGACAUUGAUAUUAUUUUCUGGUUUUGUUGGCAAUUAGGUGAUUUCCUUGCUGGCCCACUUAGAUUGGGGGUUUGUCUUGUGUCAUUGUAUAAAUUGUUUGGCCAUGCUACCUGGGCCGGUGUCAUUACCGCAGUUAUCGUGAUUCCAUUUGCAACUUACGUCAAUUCCACCAUGUCUAAAUCAUACACUCAAUUAAUGAAGGAUAAAGAUGAUAGAACAAGUUUGAUUACCGAAAUCCUUAACCUGGCCAAGAACAUCAAGCUUUAUUCCUGGGAGAAGCCAAUGCUCACCAGACUUAAUAGCAUUAGAAAUGACCGAGAAUUACACAAUAUCAAGAAGAUCGGGGUUGUUAGUGCUCUUUCUCAGUUCUUGUGGAGUUGUAUCCCAUUCUUUAUCAGUUGUGCCACAUAUGCUGCAUUUGCUAUGGCUGGUGGUAAUCUUACUCCAGAAAUUGUGUUCCCUGCCUUGGCGCUUUUUGAUUUGUUAUCCGAACCUAUGUUGUUGAUUCCUAAUUUCAUCAUCAGUAUCAUUGAAGUGACUACCAGUUUGAAAAGAAUUGGGGAAUUGUUGGUGAUGGAUGAAUUGGAUGACAACCAAGGUGGUUGUGUUAAACGUCAAGACAACUUGGACUUUGUUGGUGAUUCUGUGAUUGUCAAGGAUGCCACUUUUAUCUGGAACAAUUCCGAGGAUGCUGCUGCUCAAUAUAAGGAUGAAGAAAGUGAAGUACAAACCAAAUCCAAUGUUGCUCUUUCCAAUAUUAGCUUUAAUGCUAAAAAGGGGAAGCUUACAUGUAUUGUUGGUAAAGUCGGUGCUGGUAAGUCCACAUUAAUCAAGGCAAUCUUGGGAGAUAUCCCUCUUAAGAUCCCGCAAUUCUCGGAAGACAGCAACGCUGUUCGUCCUUCAGUAGAAACAUUUGGUUCUAUUGCCUAUUGUCCACAAAACCCCUGGAUUUUAAAUGGUUCAGUUAAGGAAAACAUCUUGUUUGGCCAUCGUUACGAUGCUAAGUUCUACCAAGCCACGAUCAAAGCCUGUGAGUUAGUUUCUGAUUUCAAGUCACUUCCGGAUGGUGACAGAACUAUUGUUGGUGAAAAGGGGAUUUCUCUUAGUGGUGGUCAAAAGGCCCGUAUUUCCUUAGCUAGAGCUGUCUACUCCCGUGCUGACAUAUACUUGUUGGAUGAUGUUUUAAGUGCCGUUGAUGCCCAUGUUGGUAAGAACUUAAUUAAGCAAGUGUUGAGUGAAGAUGGGAUUAUUGGUGAUCGUACCAAGGUGCUUGCUACUAAUCUGGUUCAUGUCUUGCAUGAAGCUAGUGAUAUUUAUUUAAUCAGACAAGGUUGCAUUGUUGAACAUGGUGAUUAUGAUAAGGUUAUGAGUGACAAUGGAGAAUUGGCCAAGUUGAUUCAAGAUUAUGGAAGAAAAGAUGAAGAAGAGCCAGAAGAGACUGCUUCUGAAGAAGCCAUUGUUGAUGAUGAUGAUGAAGAAGAAGUACCAAGUGAUCACGAAAUAGCUGCUUUCCAUGGACAGGAUAUCGAACAGGUUGUCAAGGAACAGCUUCGUCGUGCUUCUCGUGUUUCCUUUUCUCAUGUUUACGAAGAUGAUGAAAUUGACGUGUCAACUCCCCUUAAAACAUCACAUGAAUUGGAAACUUCUCGUAAGGGAUCUGUCCCAUGGGAAGUGUUCAAGCAAUACAUUAUUGCCUGUGAUUACAAGUACUUUUCAUUCUAUUUGGGAUGCACUCUUGCUACUUUAUUGGUUACUGUUGGGGAAAAGUACUUGUUGAGUUAUUGGUCUAACAUUAAUGCUGAGAAUGGUACUACUGUUGACGCUGGUCUUUAUCUUGGUGUUUAUGCUUCACUUGGUGUUGUUGCUGGGUUCUUGACCUAUAUUGGUGCACUUAUCAUCUGGAGUUACUGUAUUGUAAAAGGUGCUGCUUAUUUCCAUAAUAAGAUGGCCCAUUCAGUGUUGCGUUCGCCAAUGUCAUUUUUUGAUACUACUCCUGUGGGAAGAAUUUUGAAUAGAUUCACGGAAGAUAUUGGAAAGAUUGAUAUGAAUUUGCCUUGGUUAUUGAUUGGAUUUGUUACUACUGCUUUGAAUGGUAUAAUUACUUUUGGUAUCAUUGUGUCUACGCUUCCAGUAAUGUUGUUUGUUAUCAGUGGAUUACUUGUAGUUUACAAUUACUUCCGAGUUAUAUUCAUUCCAACCACCAGAGAAUUGAAACGUUUGGAAUCAGUAGCUAAAUCUCCCGUGUUGGCCACUAUCCAAGAAACUAUCAAUGGUGUGGAUACGAUCAAGGCAUUCACUCAAAGAGACAGAUUUGUGUUUAAGCUGAAGAAGUUGAUUGAUGACAAGACGUUGAUUGGGGUGGUUAUUCAAAACAGUAAUCGUUGGUUAUCUAUGAGAUUACAAUCGGUGUCAUCGACAAUCAUGUUUGCCAGUGCCUUGCUUGCUGUUGUUACUCUUGGUGGUAAGCAUCCGAUCAUUCCUAGUGUUCUUGGGUUCAUUAUGACAUAUGCAUUGACCAUCACAUAUAUCCUUAAUGCUUUGGUUCGUUACUGGGCGGAAAUGCAAGGGGAUGGUGUUGCUGUGGAACGUAUUAUCGAGUAUUGUGAUUUGCCUAGUGAAGCACCCAUGAUUAUUGAAUCCAAUCGUCCUGAUCCAUCGUGGCCCAGCAAGGGGGUUAUUAAGUUCAAUGAUUACUCCACCGCCUACCGUGCUCAUCUCGACCCGGUGCUUAAGCAUCUCAAUAUUACUAUUCAACCGCAGGAAAAAGUGGGGAUUGUUGGUAGAACAGGUGCUGGUAAGUCCAGUCUUUCUAUGGCGCUUUUCAGAAUCAUUGAAGCUACUGAGGGGUCGAUUGAGAUUGAUGGGGUGAAUACUAGCCAGAUUGGGUUGUACGAUUUAAGACACCACUUGACGAUUAUUCCUCAAGAAGCACAUACUUUCCGUGCAAGUGUUCGUGAGAACUUGGAUCCAUUUGGUGAAUAUACUGAUGAUAAACUCUGGCGUGUAUUAGAGUUGGCCCAUUUGAAACAACAUGUGGAGAGUAUGGUUACUGAACCUAGCGAGGAAGAGAAGAAAAAGAAAAAGAAGGAGGAAGAGCUUGUUCGAAAAGUUGGUCUUGAUGCUAUGAUUGAAGAAGGUGGUAGUAACUUAUCCAGUGGUCAAAAGCAGUUGUUGUGUUUGGCAAGAGCUUUGUUGAAUGAUACCAGCAAGAUAUUGGUUCUUGAUGAAGCUACUGCUGCUGUUGACUUCCAAACGGAUAAGAUUAUUCAAGAGACAAUUAGAAGUGAGUUUGUCGAUAAGACAAUCUUGACUAUUGCUCAUAGAAUUGACACUAUUAUGGACAGUGAUAAGAUAUUGGUGUUGGACAAGGGGGUUGUUGCUGAGUUUGACACUCCUGCCAAUUUGUUGAAGAAUGAACUGAGUAUAUUUUAUUCUCUUUGUAAAGAAGGGAAGUACAUUUAA